AUGGACGCCGACACUUUGCAGAACUUCGUUGUGCCUGUCCAGCCCAUCCAAUUUUCCACCUAUGGCGCUGACACCGACGGACAAGGAGGGCCGCCACAGGAUGACACUGCUGCCGCUGCUGCCGCUGCCGCGGUGGGAUACGCUCCUGCUGACCCCGCCGAUGCGAAUACCCAGGCAUUCGGCAUAAACGGAGGGACUAGUACGGUGCAGACGCGAAGACAGAGCAAUAGCAAUAGCAAUGCCGCCAAAAACUCGAACUCGAACCUUGCCACUCCAACACCAGCUGCGCGCAGUCCACAACAGACCCGCAGUUCUGUGAAUGUCCAAACUCGAAGCGCAGCUGCGACUCCCUCUCGCAACGGCAUAGCUCCUUCGCAGGUUCAAGAAACAAUACCGAUGAGUCUGGAUCAAGAUACAACAGCCAACUUUCAGGCACAUGAGGAGGGCCAGCAAGUCAUCAAUCUGGAAACCCCAAUCCAAUCGGCACAGGGCAGUAAUCUUGUGUGGAAGAACGCCUCGUCUGCCUAUCCGAACGGCACUCCUAGCGUCAAUCGAUCCUCUCAAGCACCACAGUCACAACCCCAGGCUCAAGUCUACAGCACAUCACAGGGGCUUGUCUCCUCAGACCCAUGGACACCGCACAACCCCACUGCUCCACAGGCGAACACACCCGAAGGAGCUACCGACAACAUCAACAGCACCAAUCCCGAUGCAGAAGGCAAUAUAAGUCCAGCCGUUGCUGCAAAUCCGUUCAGUGACACGUUCCCCUUGAACCCGAACCCCCCAGACCUUGAGGCGUGGCGCGAGAAACUGUUCAACAUCAAGGAACCGCUAGUUCUAUCGGAAGAGGAGUACCUCACUUACUUCCCGCACGUUGACAAUGUUUACUCACACCGCUCGACGCAAAAGUACAAGCGCAAGCCUUUCGUCAGCCACUACUGGGAUUGUCGCCUCAAGGGCCGGCCAAGUGGGACACCCAAGAGCGAUGACCCAACCAAGAAGAAGCGGAAGCGUCAGGCGCGCGAGCGGGAUCUGUGCGACGUGAAAAUCAAAGUCACUGAAUACUUUAGUGCAGAGGAGGCGCGCAAGAUGGGCUUGACCGCGAUCGGAGAUACCAGUGGCACAUCAAUCUCGAUGAACUCGACAACCGACCCAGCCUUGUUGAGCAUCUCAGGGAUUGACAUGGCAGCAGUGGGAGAUGGUGGCGGCGGCAGUGGUGGUGUUGGUGGUGGCGAACUCACAAUAGUGCUGGAGGAUGGUGUCAAUGGCGGCGGCGCUGGGGUCUCCAUGAACCCGAGCGACCCGAACUUUGGUCUGCUUGAGUUCCCGCGACGCCGUCUGCCUGAAGGCCAUCCCGGCGCCGAUGGGAAGCGGUGGUUUACCAUCCAGCGCGUCCGCGGCAAUCCUGGAGGUGGCGCCGUCAAGGAUAAGCGCGACAGCAGUGUCAAUGCUAGCGGGUUGGAAGGCGAGAUAGAGGACGACGAUUCGACGACCGCGGUCGACCCAAAUUUGGAUUUGGACCACAAACAUACGCUGGAGGAGAGUGAUCGGAUCAAAAAGAACAGCGUCCAGCGAUGGUUGGUGAAGCAAGAAAAGGAGAAGAAGCGUAUGAGUAAACUCCCGACUCCCGCCGCCACAGCUGGCACGCCUACCACAUACAGCAGCGAGUCUCUCAGCCCCAGCUUCCGAGCCAGCGGGCUUGCCUUCUUCACCGCGCGCAGCCAUGCAGCGCCCGUGCCGUCCAAAAUCACCUUUUUCGCCAACAGUUUCUGCCCGUUUGCCCAGCGCAUCUGGAUCGCGCUCGAAGUCAAAGGCGUGCCGUACCAGAUGGUCGAAGUGAUGCCCGCGCAUCUCGACACUUCCCGUCCUCCGGAGAUGCUGGAAGUCAACCCCGAGGGAAAUAUCCCUUGCAUUCGACAUGGCAACUGGGGGGUCUGGGAGAGCGGAGUGGUCUUGGAAUACUUGGAAGAUCUGGCCAUGGGAUACAGCUUGCUUCCUCUAGGUCUCCCGCAGCUCCGAGCUCAUUGUCGGCUGUGGACGGACCACAUCAACCGCAAGAUCCUGCCUAGUUUCUACAGCCUCCUGCUCACCCCUCCGCCUUCUCCACUGCAGCACCACGCCAGUUUGGACGGAGACAUGGACAUGGAAAUGAGCGGCCAAGCUCAUGCCAAUGCCGCGAGCGCCGCGCAACACUCGAUGCUCAUCUCCACCCUUCAAAAGCACAUCACUUCACUGGUCAACGCCUCACAUGCCACCGGCCCUUUCUUUCUCGGCAGCGAGAUAGGCUUCGUCGACGUGGCUUUUGCUCCGUGGAUCAUCCGUCUGUCCCGCGUGCUGAGCUACUAUCGGGGAUUCCCACGGCCCGAGGUUGGGACACGAUGGCGACAGUGGGUCGAUGCGAUCGAAUCCGACGAACGGAUCAGGAGAACGAUCUCUGAUGAAAACUCGUACCAUGGCGUUUAUCGCGGUGUCGGAGAGGAUGGGUGGGAUUCGUUGAUUUCCCGGGACGGUCUCGGGCCCCGAAAAGCCUUUGUUGAAUUGGAUUAUGCGAAGAGAGCAGUGGCGCAGGAUGGCUUUGGCCUGGGUGGGGACGUAUGGGGUAGGCUGGCGGAGGAGUUGGCCGUGCAUGAGAAGAGAGGAUCAGAGGCUUAG